CCAACAAGCUCGCAGAGGACACGACAUCAGCUUCUCUGCAAUGCAUGAGCACGCGCACAUUGCUGCAGCCUAGUGGUCAUUCAAUGCUUGCAUUGCUUAUCUCUCUUUGAAGACUUGUCAGCGUUCCCGCGACUUUCUCAUUUUUGCAACGCGCGUUUUGCUUUUCUUGCUCUCCGCGCUGCUCCUGGAAAAUUUGAGCCCUCACGCCGCCUGCAAGUUUCUCCACAGCCACCACAUACUCUCCGAGUCACAAUGGACGGGGCCAUGGAAGCCUAUUGGCAGGCGCCAGUCAUCGCUCGAUCGACUGUCACCGCCAUGCUCCUAAUGUCGGCCGCUGUAAACUUAGGCAUGCUCUCCGGGACCCAUAUCAUCUUCCACCAGUACUUCCUCUGGAAGUUUCCACCGCAAAUAUGGCGCUUGUUCACGGCGUUCCUCCUCACAGGUCCUCAAUUAGGGCUUCUGUUCGACGCGUACUUUUCGUACCAGUACUUGAGCCAGCUGGAGCGUGGUAGGUACUCCAAGAAGGAGGACCUUCUCUGGUACCUGACCUUUAUCUGCGGAACCAUCCUCUGCUUUGCCUCUUCAGCUAUCACGGUUCCUGGAAUUGAGGGAGAUUACCCCUGCAUGUCGGAUCGACCCACACAUUCGCAAAAUAGGGCGGUCCGGGGUGUAGGAAUGGUGGGAUGUCUCUUGAAUUACUCUUGUGGUUUCUCUGUCCACCUGAGUGCACUUGAGCUCCCUACAUCUCCAUGCCAUUAUCAAAACUUUGUCAGUGCAGCGGAAGUGGGCAGCGCUGACGUAGUCUUCCAGGGUGUCAACUACAUCACUGGCCUCGGCUACAUGACCUUUCUGCACGCCUUGAUGAUCUCGAUGACCUACACCGUGGUUCAGGAUCAAAGGGGCAUGAAAACCAGCUUCUACUUCAUCACGAUCCCUGCGCAGUUGACCCCGUAUGCUAUGAUCGCUAUCAACAUGCUCUUCCCAGGCGGUCCUGCGCAGAUUCCUCUGCAACUGGAGGGACUCUUCGCUGCACACCUGUGGGAGUUCCUGACCAAGAUUUGGCCUGCCUUUGGAGGCAAAGGUGGUACUCUGCUACCCACGCCCCCGUUCUUCACCACCAUUGUGAACACAAUCAGCGGUCUUGCUGGUCGAGCCGCCCCGGGUGCUGCUGGACCGAGGGGCGCGGCUGGUGGUGUGGCUCGUGGUGCCUCCGCUGGAUCUGGGCCGUUGCCAGACUCUUGGAGAACUCGGGGUCCUGGCCAACGCUUAGGUUGA